AAUAUCUAGCCAUUGAGACACCUGUGCGAAUAUCAGUUUCCCUGCCGCCUCGAUCCGGUACAUGUAACCAGCAUUAUCAAUAGUGAAGUUCUGAAGCCAGAAUAAGGAUCAGAUAUUUCUACAGCUCUAAAGUGGAAGUGUGUGUGUGGGCGAAAAACAUCCAUGUUUAAUCGAGAAUUUUGAGACACUUAAAAAAAAUGUCACUGAAGACCUUGACGAUCUGCAUCUUCAUCCUCCUUUUGGAAGUAAGUCCUUCCGAGCAAAGAAGUGUUCGAGAGCGUUUUCUAAAGAGUGCUGAAGGAAGUACACUAAGCAAGGCAGAAGGAGUUAACCAAAAAUCACAAUUUGGAAAAUCAGUUCAGAACCGAGACAUGAAGGACACUGAUCAAGCCAACCGUGGUAGUUCCAGAGGUGUGACCGACGCGGCGGUGGGUCAAGAGUUCGAAAGCUUCAGAAACUACACUGGCUGGCGGAUCUUAAGAGUCUACCCGCCAAAUGCCCUCGCCCUCGACGACCUGGCCGCGGUCCUUUGGGGAAUGAGGCAACUGGUGGUGCUUGGCAUCUUCAAGAAAGAGCUGGUGGUCGAGGUGGCACUCUCAGGCAAUGCCACUUUGGACGAGGCAGUGCCCGAAUCGCGCUUCUCCUUCUGCUGCCUUGAUGACCAGAGGAAGGGAGGCGAUCUCCGGACGGGAUCACAUCGUGAAAUGUGCCCGAGAGAUGUCUGGGGAAGAGAUACUGUCAACAGCACGCCAGGAAUCAACAUGCCAAAAGAGAUCGUGGAUUGGGAGACUUUGAAAACGAUUGAUGUCGAUUAUACAACGAGAUUGGAUGGAACAGAGACCUUGGCGUGGGACAACUUUUAUCGCUACGAAUCCAUCGUCACUUUCACCAAGGAAUUAGCGCUCCAGUACUCUAGUGUUGAGUACAUAGAGAUCGGUAGAAGCGUAGAAGGGAGGGCCUUAUAUGCUCUGCUCUUCUCUAAAAAAGCCAGAAGCCUAAAAAAGAAAUACAUACGGAGUAUGAAAAAGGAACGCCGAAGAAAUAAGAAAGGUAACGAGUAUUCCCCCAAAAUCAAGAAGAGGAACAGCACGCAGCGUACAAGGAACAAGCCCGUGGUUUUAAUGGAAGGAGGCGCUCACGCCCGCGAGUGGAUCUCGCCGGCCGUGGCGACCUACCUGGCGCAGCAGCUGGCGGACUCCGGCAAGAGCUUCCUGAAGCGCGUGACGGUGAUCCUGGUGCCGGUUCUGAACCCCGACGGCUACGAGUUCUCGCACACCGCCGACCGGCUGUGGCGCAAGAACCGACGGGCCGACGCCGACUCCGGCUGCCGGGGCGUCGAUCUCAACCGAAACUUCGACAAGGCCUUCGGGGUCCCUUCGGGCUCCAGCGACGACCCUUGCUCCCCGAUCUACCACGGCGCCGAGGCCUUCUCCGAGCCAGAGACGCGCGCCCUCCGAGAUCUGGCCCACGUCUUCAGAAAGGAACUCAACGUCUACCUGAGUCUGCACAGCUACGGGAAGCUUAUUCUGUAUCCCUGGUCUUACGCCUACGCCGUAGCUCCCACGAAGAAGCAGCUCAAGGGCGUCGCUGGGAAAAUGAGCAGGCAUUUUAGGGAUAACGGCUACAAAGGUUUUCAACACGGCCAGUCAUCCUCUUUAUUGUACAAGGCAUCUGGGGUGUCUGAUGACUACAUGUACAGCAUUGGAGUAGACUACGCGUAUACUAUCGAACUACAGGGCCUUGACUUUACCAUUAAACCCAAGCACAUUGUCCCAGUCUCAGAGGCUAUGUGGAACACGUUAGUCUGUUCCAUUGGGGAUAUUUCAAAUGCAAAGUCAAUCAAAAGUUUCUGCGGAAAACGACUUGUAAAAACUAAGCUAGAAGAUGGGACGACUGUAAGCAAAUGGUUUAAGAAGAACAUUUCCUUGAAGAGGGCGGAGCAGAUCAUCAGAUGCAAAUAUCUCGCUAUGAAAAGAGAUAUUUCGAGUGGCGUUGACGAUAAAUGUAAAUAAGGAAAAUUAAAUAAAAUGGGUGAUAAUAAAUCAUAGAAGCCAGGCUUUAAAUCUAUAAUCAUAGCAAGAUUUGUACUGUUAUGAAGUAUAUUUUUUUCUGGAAAAAGUUAGACCAGGUAAGAUCAUUUAUUUCA